AUGAAUCGUUCAAGAAUUUCAACUCCAACAAAGAGUCCUAAGAGUCCAAAGCCUGUUGAAGAUGUUGAAGAAGAGUUUUGUAAGAGAUCUCUUCAACUUUUGACAGCUUAUUAUGAACCUCUUGCAAUUUCAGAAAUUAUUAAUUUUCCUCCUGUUGAAGGAAUUGAAGAACCUCAACCGGAAAAGCCAAUGAUUUUUAAUUCGUCAGUUACUGAGCUCCGACUAAAAAGAACACUCGAAAAUGAACAAAACUUAUAUCAAGAUCUUAACGAAAAAUACAAUAAACGAAUUGAAGAACUCCAAUCAAUGAUUAAAAACUCUCAAAUGAAUCUUGAUGACGUUUUUCAAGCAGAACCAGUUGAUCGCCCUUCAAAACCGUUAUAUAUGGCAAAUGAAGAAAAAGAUCUUGAAGAAGCAGAGCGCUUGAAACGUAGAAACAUGAAAACUCUUGACGUUCUCAAGACAGAACCACAAAUGAAAGAAAGAUUAACUGAAUCCGAAAAGCGCGGCAAAGAACGUGCUGCCAAACGUGUUCUUAGAAUGAGUAACAUUGAUGUUAAUAACAUGAAAUCUCCUUCAAGAAUGGAUCCUGUUCCUGUCAGACCAAGGAAAUACGAACCAGAAGGUGGCUAUCCUGUACUUAGAAAUAAAGGAAAGGUUACACCAGAAAAGAAGAAAGUACUUUACUAUCAAACUGAAGAAGAUUAA